AUGAUGAUCGGAGAUUUGAAAUCGGAAUCUUCUGGUGCUUGCUUGCUUCUGUCUGUACCAGAAGAUGUGUUUGCAGUUAUCUCUCGUUCUCUUUCUCCAAGUGACAUUUGCAAUCUAACCUUAUGCUGCAAAAGUCUCUGUGACCUUGUUGAUUCAGAAAAGAUCUGGCUUUUGCAAUGUGAAGUACUAAAGGUUCUUCCUUUAUCUGAAUUAGUCCAAUGGCGAGUCGGGAUCUCUUCUUACAAGGCGCUUUGUCGGUUUCUUGUAGAGGUUAUGAAGCCUCUUGUUGGGAUUUGGGUUCACCAAAACCCUGAACUUGGGAAUGUUGUUUAUGUCAUGCCUGGUUUCUUGUCUGUUGUUGGUUGCCGGAUAAUUCCACAAGAGGUUGGUCCUUUGGGGAUCGAGGAGGGUCGGGUUAUGUGGUCACCUGUGUUUGAGAUUAUCUGCGGUUUCGAUGGCUCUACCGGGUUUUUCCUCCAUGGAAGAGACAGAGAAGGUAGUUGCCUGUACCCUGGUUUUGUAACGGGCAUCGAGAAGAGUUGCAAUGUGCUUUUACUCGAGGUUGUGCCGAGGGGAGAGAAGAAAGAAGGCUCGAGAGAUGUUCCAUUUUGGAAGCUUGAUUUUAGCGACAGAAGAAAGUUACUCGAUAUAGUGACUAGCCGUGUAGGUCUACAUGUAGUUGAACCAUUAAGUGGAAGGUUAUUUCCCUGUUUAAAUGAUGAUGAAGCGAUGUUGUUGGAACGCAGAACCAUGCUUCUUAAAAUGCAUAAGUUUGGUGGCAAUUGGAAGCACAAGAACUUGGAGGAGGAGCAGUUGUGUUACAAUCCUUUGCAGGUAGACAUAAACGAGAUGUGGAAAAAUCUCGAUGAUGACAUAGAUGACAGCAGUGAGAUUAAACUUUCGAAUCGCCAAAGCUUUCUUAACUCUGGUGAUACAUUCGGUAUUGGUCUCAAAGCUUCCUACAAUGAGAUGUCUUCUUACCAAGGGUGGCCAAUCAUGCCCGAAGAGCGUUUUGCCCUUUAUAAACUACCGAUUAAGAAUCCUCUCGAUAACCAACUCUAUGCUGGUUUGUGGGGAGCAACAUUUGGCUGGCCACCUGGAAAAUGUAUAGAAGAUAAACCCGAUAAGGCUCUUUAUUUACUGAUGCUCACAUAUAAAGAAUCUCAAGAGAAUAGUGAUGAGAGACUUCUUAUCGGGACAAAAAUACUCGAAGGCACUCACUAUGUGGACCAUCCCAAUGGAUCAGCAAUGUUUGUUGCGAAUAUCAAGUCGCCUUCCCUUGAGCCAUUUCCGUUUGAUGCAGAUGGAAAAAACUUUGAGCAUUCUUACACGGGAGAAGGUAUCGCAGAUGGUUACGGAUUCCGCUAUCCUGGUUCAAAACCUGGUUCCCUUUUCGUGAUAUCUAAUGAUCUUCUCGCAUUCGUUUGGCAAGAAACUAAAGAUGUGUUGACAUUGCAAAGACUAAACCUUGAAGAGAUCUUGAAGAAAGGUUUAGGUUCGUGUCUACCGCCUUUGCGUCCAACUAAGAAUUUUACUUACUUGGAAAGGUCUUACAUAAACGUGUUUACCAACUCAUCGAGCUAUUCGUCUUCCUCCGAGUAA